CUGUGAGAGCGGGUGGAGUUGCGUGAGGAGCGGAGGGGAGGUGUGGCGGCGGUUAGGCAUUUAGAGCAAACAGCGUAUUGCAUGCGUGUGUAUGCAUGAGUUCUGCGUCGAACGGGCGCAAAAACCGCCCCAAAUCGGCCGGGACCAUCUUCCAGAUCGGCAAGCCUCUCUACCGAGACCCCCAGCGGAGGGAGAGCACGGAGAGCAGCCGCAGAGCCCAGCGCGCCGUGGCCGACUGCAGGAUGAUCGUCCAAGAGUUCAACACACUGGUGGCGCUGUAUCGUGAGCUGGUCAUCUCCAUCGGCGAGAUCACAGUGGACUGUCCCAUUUUACGGGCCGAGAUCCUGAGGACUCGAACCAAAGGAUGCGAGAUGGCAAGAGCUGCCCACCACAAUCUGUCCUUGAUAUCAGGGCCAGAGGACGGCGAGAUCCACCCCGAGAUCUGCAGACUCUUCAUCCAGCUGCAGUGCUGCCUGGAGAUGUACAUCACCGAGAUGCUCAAAUCUGUCUGCUUGCUGAGCUCCCUGCAGCUCCACAGGAAAGGUAAAGAGACUUGCAGCCCCUCCGCAGUGGACCGAAAAGCAGAGGAGAGCUCAGACAUCCCCAUCCUGCAGGAGGACACAUCUUCCUCGCCGACUGACUGCCCUCAACUCUGUUGGCUGGUGGCCACAGAUAUAGAAAACAUAGAAAAGGACAUGAGGGACAUGAAGAACCUUCUUAGUAAACUCAGGGAGACAAUGCCUUUACCACUGAAGAACCAAGAUGACAGCAGUUUGCUCAACCUGUCUCCCUACCCGCUAGUCCAACAAAGGAAGAGACGCUUCUUCGGCCUCUGUUGCUUGGUGACCAGCUGAGGUCUCUUGGAGUCAACGAAACAUCGUCCACUGUCCUCCACCACGUGUGUCUCCCUCACCCUAUACUGCUGCCAUUUUUCAGAUUAACAAAUUGCCCUUUUUUAUUUUGUUAUACAACGAAGAUCUAUUGCAUAAUCUGUAUUGGGGGUUAAAUAAAAAAAAUUGUUUAAUGUAAAAGAGAACCCUUUUUUUGAAAAGACAGCAUUUCCUGUGAUAAACCAGAAGACAAAAGAGUGUAACCGUCUGUUAUGUCAGAAUAUUGCCUACAAUCCACCUGAAUGUGAAAGGAUGGCAAAGACAAGGACGUCAUUUUAAUGUAGUCUGUUUUUUUCCCCCCUCGGUGUACCUAAUUUAGUCUUCCAUAAAAGAUAAAUCUGUGUUCACUUUCCUGCUUUCAAAGUGCAAUAUUCUGUAUGAUACAUUAUGGAGAACUGUCUCUGCACACUCUCUAUAUAUAUAAAUAUCUAACUUUAGACUUUAUUGUGUCUGCCCUAUACGAAUUGUUAGGUUGUUGGUCGGUGCUCAGCAUGGCGCCUCCUUGUGGUUGAUGCUUGUUAUUAGUGUUUAGGGCCAGGUGAAGGCUGAUGAUUUAGAUCAUUU